AUGCCAGUAUCAGAUGCAGCUAAAACCUGCAGAGUUGAGGCACCUGUGGCAGCAAAUGCAGGUAGGAUCAGCAAACUCAAGACACCUGUGGUACCAAAUGCACCUAAGAGCAGCAGACACAAGGCACCUGUGGUACCAGAUCUGCCUGAGAACAGCAGAAUCAAGGUGCUGGCAGUCACUAAAGUCUUGGAUCCUCGAGAUUUUGUGUGCAUUCAGGCUUUGCCUGCCUUUGCUCAGAAGGAAGGAAGGGUCUUGGCUAGAAGCAGAACUAUUUACAGAAGCGGUGAACGUCCAAGAGAACAAGUGUUCUGGGAAAACUACCACAGGAGGCAAAAGCAAUUCACUCAGGGACACUUCACCCCCACUGGGAAGCCUUAUCGGGAGCUUGGAGAGAUUCUCUACAUAGACCCGAAGAAACUCACCCUCUACUCUUUGGGGCAGCUUGUGCAGGAACCGCUGAAAAAAGAUGUGCAGGAGAAACCACCCAAAGAAGUGGCUGAGGUUAUUACCAAGAAGCAUUCUUUCAUUCCAGAGUCUGAUCCACCAGAAGCAGUGAAGAGGCUCUCUCCAUUUACAGAAACAAGAAAGAAGACUCUUAGUAAAGCUCUAGCUCACUCAAGGCAUCAUAUCAAUUCUGUGAAGCAAGGUGGAGAAUACUUUCAUAUACUUUACCAAGAAUCACUGGAGAGGAAGAACACACUGAAAGCAGCCCAGCAGGCUCAGGGCACGAGAUGGAGAACUAAGUUCCAGCCACGCAAAUACUCCUCUGAUGCGGAGGAGUUGGAGGAAGAAAUAAGCACUUGCUCUCUAACAGAAGGCAAUCACCUGAGGAAGUCAGGGAAGAAGACAAAAAAGAUGACCUUACGGUCUUUCACUCCUGUUUAUACCAGUGUCUUGAUCCCAAGCCCCCUUGGAGCAAAAAGUGAACAUCUUUACCGACAACUGUGUGCCAUACACUGGCUUUUGGAAGCUAUGACUCUUGAAUCCAACAGUUCAAUGCAUUCCAUAUUAACCUGCUGGAAUCCAAUGGACCCUGGUGGCUGUAAGAAAACAGUAAAAGAAAUCGAAGAGGAAAAGUUAGCAACAUACAUGUGGGACCUCUUUAUUACAAACACAAAGAAAUGCACCUGGAAAGCACAAUGCAGUCCACUUAGGAAGAUAAACAAGACAUCUACUCCAGGCACCUCUCAGCUUAGCAGUCAGUCGUCUCCCCAGAGUCAAAGCCCUUGUGACAGCAUAACAUCUGCUGCACUUUGCUCUGAAGACGACAUCAAGAUUAAUGUAGCUUCAUCUGAUGUUAUGAGUGAAUCAGCACAAGCUAAAGAACCACCAGCUCUUUUCCCCUCCCUACAGAAAAUCAUCCAGAUAACACAUGAAGAGGUGUCAAAAGAUGUCUAUGAAGAAGAAGAUAUGACUAAGAACACUGUACUGCAGCGCUGCCAUAUCAGCUCUUUCAUUAAAAGAAAAUCUAACUUGUGUGCUGAUAUGAGGCAAAAGUUUGCAGCAGUACGUGAAGAAGCAGCUUGUUGUUUACAUGAUGCCCUAGAGAGCCUUGAGAGGAGGCAGGAAGAGCGAUGUUGUCAGAAAUACCAGGCUUUGAAACAAUUGAAGUAUUUUAGAAGAGACAUGGAAAGAAUAAGACAGCUGGGCAUGAGAGCCAAAAGAGAACAUGAUGAAGAUGAACUAAACUGGUUUCCUGUAUUGCUUGCCAGACUCCCAGAGUCUGUGAAGAGUGACCAUUAUGUACAGAAAAUAUUAAAGAAACUGGAAAAAUACGGCAAGACUCCUGACUUGAAAAUUCAUCCAGACACCUUUCUUAAGGCUCUGUCUGAUCUACACGUGUGGGAGCUGUGUUCUCCAGAAAUUGCUGCAGCUGUGGAGUUUGUACGUGAAAGUAUUGUGCAGAUGCCAGAAGAGGAUUUCAGCGAGUGGUUUCAGACAAGAGUAGCCCCCCUCAGUGCACAGUCCUCCACCUUUUAA